AGCGAAAACGAUCAAUGCGAUCUUUGCAAUACAGAAGAAAACGCGAAUCACAUCAUAAUAAACUGUAAAAAGUAUGAUAUCUCAAGAAGGAAAUACAAAUCCAUCACCAACGCCCCAGACCUCCAGAGCAUACUCAAAGAGAACAAGACAAACAAAUUGAUAGAAAUCUACGAGUUCACCAAGGAAAACAACAUAGACAUUUAAACACAAACAAACACUCAUAUAUUAUAAGUAACAAUAAGAAUGUACAACUUUACCAUAUACUAUUAUGGUAUGAUACAUCCUUAUAGAACAGGAUAAUACUCUAUCCUAAAUAAGAGUAAACAAAACCAGAACAAAUUAAACCAACGACAAAAAUUCAAAUUCAAACAAACUAGUAAUAUAAGAGUAUAUGUAUAUUGUGUGUAGACGUCAAAUGACGUUUGGCCUUGUGGCUUGAAAAGGCUGGGGCCGUAAAGCUUUAAAAUAAAAAAAAAAAAAAAAAAAAAAAAAAAAAAAAUUUCCCCAAAAAGAUGUUUUUAUUGAGAAAUUCCCUACGAUUGUGCCCCAGGAUCCUUCAAGCAUCUUCGGAGAGUCAUAAACUAAUACGACGAGAUGUAAAACGCUGGGUUGCUCCGACCCUUAAGGAACUUCGGCGGCGGAGGGAGAAAGUAGGUCCUGAACCACUGCGUCCACGUUCAUCUCACUUAGAGUGGAACUACAAGGCGGAGAUCUUUGCCUUUGGAAGUCGCCUGCAUGAGAAUUUUGAUGAAAAACUUCUACGACAAGCAUUUACACAUCGUUCUUACAUAAUUCAGGAAGAAAUGAAACAGAAGGAAGUUGGCAUAGAACAGCCAGAUGUGGGAAUGCUGGAUAACCGUGAAAUGGUGCAGGAAGGGGAUGAACUAAUAGGGAGAUAUCUCGAUCAAUACAUUGAGAGUACAAUGCCAAAAAUCCCUCUUGAGGGAAGAAUUUCCAUCAGGGAGUACCUCAUGAAGGAGGAAAACCUUGCUCACAUCUCUAACCACAUUGGUACAAGAGAUCUCAUCCUUUCAGCUGAAUUUCCUGUCACAAAUUCAACACUGGCGGAUACUUUCAAAGCUGUUGUGGCUGCUCUGGAGCAGACAAGUGGCUCUGAGAGGGCAAGCACAUUUGUCCGGGACUUUGUGUUCACACAGCUCAAUCAGAAAGAUCUAGAAGAGAUUUGGCAAGUGCAGAACCCAUUGCAAUAUCUCACGGAAUACUGUUCUAGGAACAAUUUGGGAGACGUAGAGCCACGUUUAAUUGGAGAAUGUGGAAGGAACACCAUCCUGGCUGCCUAUCACGUUGGAAUCUACUGCAAUCGCGAAUUGCUUGGCACGGGAUUUGGAGAGAAUAUUGACAUAGCCAUAGAGGAGGCUGCCAGAGACAGCUUAAGGGAUAUUUUUAACACGCAAGCUUGGCGACAACCUAUCAACUUCCAGGAAUGUCCACCACCGAAUACCCAGUAAAAGGAUAAAGUGUUACUUAAGAAAGAUUAGAUUUAUACAAUUCCGGAGAAUAUUUAGAGAUUAAAGAGGAAGAAUGUCACCUCA